UCAGCCAAGAGGACCUGUGCCACAACAGACUUUGCGUGUAAGAACGGCCAGUGCGUUCCGUCUCGUUGGCGCUGCGACGGAGAACCUGAGUGUGCCGACGGGUCCGACGAGGCAGACGCCACAUGCAGCCGUCAGACAUGCCCACCUGAAAAGUUUGACUGCGGGGGCUCCACCAGCAAGUGCGUUUCGUUGUCGUGGCGAUGCGACGGAGAGAGGGACUGCGAAAACGGAGCGGAUGAGGAGCAGUGUGCCGCAGACACCAAAGCCUGCCCCGCCAAGGAGUUCCAGUGCCGCAACAGGAAGUGUGUGGCGCCCAUCUUUGUGUGCGACGGCGACGAUGACUGCGGCGACAGCAGCGACGAGGAGGCGUGCUCGGCGCCCACCUGCGGGCCGCACCAGUUCCGCUGCAACGACUCGGAGUGCAUCCCGGCUCCCUGGAGCUGCGACGGCGACCCGGACUGCAAGGACAAGUCUGACGAGUCCCUGGAGCGCUGCAGCCGCAGGACGGAGCCCCACAAGCCGCGCUGCCCGCCGGGGGAGUUCAACUGCGGCAGCGGGGAGUGUGUCCACCUCAACUGGAAGUGCGACGGAGACGCCGACUGCAAGGACAAGUCGGACGAGGCCAACUGCCCCCUGCUGACCUGUCGUCCUGAUGAGUUCCAGUGUGGUGACGGCUCCUGUAUCCACGGCACCAAGCAGUGUAACCGCGUCCACGACUGCCCCGACUUCAGCGACGAGGCAGGCUGCGUCAACGCUACCAAUGCGACGGAGCCGCGCAAGUUCAGGUGCAAGAACGGCGAGUGUAUCGACAGCAGCAAGGUGUGUGACAGCAUCAAGGACUGCAGGGACUGGUCAGACGAACCCAUGAAGGACUGUGGCAUGAACGAGUGCGCUGACAACAAUGGAGGCUGUUCCCACAUCUGCAAAGACAGCAGGAUAGGCUUCGAGUGUGACUGUCUCGGUUACAAGCUACUGGACAAGAAGACAUGUGGAGACAUAGAUGAGUGUGAGAACCCGGAUGCCUGCAGUCAGAUCUGCAUCAACUACAAGGGAGAUUACAAGUGUGAGUGUCACGAGGGCUACGAGAUGGACCCUGCCUCCAAGACCUGCAAGGCUGUGGGUGAGGACCUGGAGACGCACGCACACACACACACACAGAGCCCGUUAAAAGGGCAACAUGGGGACCGGCCGGGGGCCUGGCGUGAGGGCAGUCAUUGUUUCUCCGACCCCCCCGCCCGGGUCCGCUCUGAGAAACGGGCCCCUCCUGCUACCCCCCCCAGGACAGGAAACAAAGGACAAGGGAUGUAA